CUUGUGCACUUAUAAUGGUCACCUGUUGGUCACUUGCUUUUCUUUUUGAAAACAUAUACUUUAUAACAUGAGUCCAUUGUCACGAACACCGCCCUUAAAAACUAUUCAUUCAAGCAAGAUCAAUCUAGUAUUGAUCCGAAUUAAUGAGCCCAUGUUACCACGAAAGGAAAUGAAGAAAAGUCAGGAAUUACAGUUACUUAAGCAACUUUGUCAACUUGAGCUUAUUCUGGAAAAAAUCAACCGGUUAGAACUAUGGAAAAUGAAGGGUGGUUUAAAAACGACCGAACCAGUUUUAAAGGAACUUUAUCAAAAUGCAUUAAUUAUUCAAAUGGACAUUGCUUGCCAACACCAAUCAGCGUUGCUCGAGACUAUCAAAAAUGAGAAAUCGCUAUAUCCAAAAUCCAUGAAAUUAUUGUUUAAUCAACCUCAGUUAUUGUCAAUCCCCGACGAGCAAUAUCAAUUGAAUCACUUAGAUGAACUUUACGUUACCGCGUGCAGGCUUUAUCACGAUAUUAAUCUAUCAAAUCAUAAAUAUAUUACAUAUCAACUAGCCCUGCUCUAUCAUUGCAUCAAUCGUCAAGGUGUCCCGUAUAUGACUUACAAAAAGAGGAUAGAGCAAAGAUUUGAUGAAAUCAAAUCCAUAACAAAACAAUUCUUGGUUGUUCAUCUCGACUCAGACAUUGUAUCAUGGUUACAGUCACUUACAUUGGAUAUAAUCAUGCAAGUGACAGACCAGACUAGCAUACUUAAAUGCGGUAAAUUAUUUAGCGUCAUCCAUCAAAUGACUGUUCCAUUGAAUUGAAACAUGAAAUAAAUUUUGACACUCCACUGCAUUUCCA